UUUCUCUCCCUUUCCCUUUCUCUCCUUCCAAUAAAUCAAAACCCUCAAAAACCUCUUUUUUGUAAAUUUUACUUUUUAAUUUAAUUAAUCAACCGAUCGAUCAAUCGAAUCCCUUCUCAAUCCGAUUGAGUAAUCAAGAGACGAUACGAUGUCGUUGAGGCCGAGCGCUAGAACCGAGGUUCGUCGUAACAGGUACAAAGUGGCUGUCGACGCGGAAGAAGGCCGCCGGAGAAGGGAGGAUAACAUGGUGGAGAUCCGUAAGAAUCGGAGAGAGGAGAGUCUUCAAAAGAAACGGCGUGAAGGACUUCAAACUCAGUCGAUGCCGGCUUCUCUUCACUCUUCUGCCGUCGAGAAGAAGUUGGAGCAUCUACCAACUAUGGUUGCCGGUGUUUGGUCCAGUGAUGGUAAUCUGCUGCUCGAGUCAACCACUCAAUUUAGGAAACUGCUCUCAAUUGAGCGCAGCCCUCCAAUAGAGGAAGUCAUUCAAGCUGGUGUUGUUCCUCGCUUUGUUGAGUUUCUUACGAGAGAGAACUUUCCUCAACUUCAGUUUGAAGCAGCUUGGGCUCUGACAAACAUAGCUUCUGGGACUUCUGAGAAUACCAGGGUUGUUAUUGAUCAUGGUGCUGUCCCCGUUUUUGUAAGGCUUCUUGCUUCUCGAAGUGACGAUGUUCGUGAACAGGCUGUUUGGGCACUGGGAAAUGUUGCUGGUGAUUCUCCUAAAUGUCGGGAUCUUGUACUAGGCAAUGGAGCUCUGCUUCCUUUACUUGCACAGUUGAAUGAGAAUGCCAAACUUUCUAUGCUGAGAAAUGCUACAUGGACUCUCUCAAACUUUUGUAGAGGCAAGCCACAGCCACCUUUUGACCAGGUGAAGCCUGCUCUUCCAGCUCUUGCACAACUAAUUCAUUCUAAUGAUGAAGAAGUCUUGACUGAUGCAUGUUGGGCUCUUUCAUAUCUUUCUGAUGGUACCAAUGACAAAAUUCAAGCCGUUAUUGAAGCAGGAGUAUGCCCUCGGCUAGUUGAACUUCUAUUGCAUCCAUCUCCUUCAGUUCUUAUUCCUGCACUCCGCACCGUGGGUAACAUUGUCACUGGUGAUGAUAUGCAGACCCAGUGUAUCAUUAAUCAUCAAGCACUGCCGUGUCUUUUAAAUUUAUUGACGAAUAAUUAUAAAAAGAGCAUUAAGAAGGAAGCAUGUUGGACCAUCUCUAAUAUAACCGCUGGCAACAAGGAGCAGAUUCAGGCUGUAAUUGAGGCGAAUAUCAUUGCGCCAUUAGUUCAUUUGCUUCAAAAUGCUGAGUUUGACAUUAAGAAGGAGGCUGCAUGGGCAAUUUCUAAUGCUACAUCUGGUGGUGCUCCUGAACAAAUCAAGUAUCUUGUUAGCCAAGGUUGCAUCAAACCAUUGUGUGAUCUUCUCAUCUGCCCCGAUCCAAGAAUUGCGACUGUCUGCUUAGAGGGUCUUGAAAACAUAUUGAAGGUAGGAGAAGCUGAUAAGAAUUUGGGAAAUAAUGGAGGUGUAAAUGUAUAUGCACAAAUGAUUGAUGAUUCUGAGGGAUUGGAGAAAAUUGAGAACCUGCAGUCUCACGACAAUACAGAGAUUUAUGAAAAGGCUGUGAAGAUUCUUGAGACAUACUGGUUAGAAGAGGAGGAUGAGACUAUGCCUCCUGGAGAUGGUAUGCAAUCUGGGUUCCAAUUCGGAGGGAGUGAGAUGCCUGCUGUUCCGUCUGGUGGAUUUACCUUCAGCUAAAUGAUUUUCGACUGGUGCAGUAUGGAAGUCCUUGUGGAACGGCGCAGAGUUGUCAGCUUCAGGUCGGGUGUCUUGCUGUCGUGUUUGGGUCUAUUGGUCCAGUCCAAAGUUUUGCUGAGGCUGCUGGGCUUGUUUGGGUUUUCCCUACAGCCGGUUAUACGGUGCGGGAGAAAUGGAUCAGUCACAUUAUCAACACGGGUCUUUGCUUGUGUAGUCUGAAAAACCCAUAAUCAUACUGGUCAAUGUCAGGGGUGGGGGGGUUGUUCUUGAAGGUUGGGAUCUCAUAAUAGAACACACGUCUGAGUCUUUUUGAAUGUCUCUACUUUCGUAGUUGUCUUAAAAGAGUCCUGCAUUACCAUUCCACAGUUGGUCGAUUUUGGCACACUGCUGAAAAUCUGCUCAUAGCAGUAGUGUGCAUGUACUUGGUAGGGGGAUAUUCGAGUUAUAUAUGUUAUCUAUGUCGGAGUCGGGUGGUGCUGUUUUCUUAUCUACCAUGGACAGCUUACUAGAACUUGAAAUUCUUGUAAUGGUUUUGCAUGGUAUAUACAGUGUGAAGAUAAAUGAGAGUUUACCUGUUUUUUAGAUA